AUGGAUAAACGUUUUGAGCGAACACAGUAUGCAUGGUUUGGGGGGUGCGGUCUCUUUGCUCAUCACUUUUUAGUACAACACGCUAUUGCGCCGUCUGAAGAACAUCGAUCUCACCCCUCUCAAUCAGAAAUAGAAAUCUCUUAUGUUCCUGCCCUCAUUGAGUUGAAUGCUUAG